AUGUGGUCCUGGACCAUCGCCGAAAAUGGCACUUCCCUCACACCAGAGAGGACAUUCAUUCACGUCGUGCAGUCGUCGGACCGGGCCACAGCAUACGUGGUCAUCUCAUUCGCCUUGGUAUUGUUAUUGUUCACAUUGAAGCGGGAUGGCGGCCAGAAACUCGCCCCUGGCAUCAUGGUGGUCGGCGGCGGCGAAAAGCAGACGAUACGGGCAAAUCGAGAGCGAUUCCGAGAAGGCGCAAAGGAGAUGCUUGAAGAAGGCUACAGAAAAUCGGACGGCGGCUUUUACUACGUUCCCAGUCCACUCGGAGAGCGGCUGAUGAUACCGGUCAAGUACCUCGAGGAAUUGAAGACGGCGCCAGUAGAAGAGGUGGAUUUCGUUGCUACGUUUAUUGAAAUGUUCGAAGGCAAAUAUACUACGAUGGGUAGUCGAUCGACCUUGCAUCCCCGGGUCGUCAAGGCACAGUUGAACCAUCACCUAGCGGACGUAAUGCCCGGAGUCCAGCAGGAGAUUGUGGACUCGUUCGCGGAACAAUUUCCCCCCUGUGAAGAUUGGACGCCUGUGCCGGUGGUAGAAAUCCUGACCCAGAUUGUGGCGAGGGUAUCCAGCUGCAUGUUUGGCGGGACGACCCUGUCUCACAACAAGGAAUGGGUCAAGUCGUCGAUUGACUUCGCCAUCGACGGUUUCAUCGGCGCCCAGAAGAUCAAGAAGUACCCAGAAUUCCUCAAGCCACUGGUUGCGCGCUUCGUCCCAGAAAUUCGGAAGAUCGCAGAUCAUUACGCAGCGGCAGAAGCCGCUGCCAUCCCGAUGCUGGAGAAUCGCCGGCGGACAGGGGAGAAGGCCAUGGACCUGUUGUAUUGGAUGGCUGAGCAGGCCAAGGACGAGGAGCGGGAUUUUAAGUUCUUGGCUGGCAUCCUCCUGAAAGUCAGUUUUGCGGCGAUACACACAAGCGCAGCAGCCCCUGCACAGCUACUCUAUGACUUGUGCGAACAUCCGGAGUUCAUUGAGCCAUUGCGGGAAGAGGUAAGCAGUGUCAUUGGUCCAGAUGGCAUGAUCGACAAGUCCGGGUUUAUGAAGAUGGCAAAGAUGGACAGUUUCAUGAAGGAAAGCCAGAGGUUUAAUCCCCUGCUACUGAUCACUUUUGAGCGAGUAAUCCAUCAACCCCUCACGCUGUCUUCUGGUUUCACUAUCCCAGCACAUACGACAAUUGGAAUCCCGACGCAGGCCAUAACAAUGGACGAGUCAUUGUAUCCCAAUCCAGAGGUUUUUGAUCCAUUCCGCUUCUCCAAGAUUCGGGAAGAGCGACCAGAAAUGGACGGACGUGCGCAAUACGUCGCAUCGAACCCGGCCUCGCUGAGCUUUGGCUAUGGGCGACACGCAUGCCCGGGGCGAUUCUUUGCUGCCCAAGAGAUCAAGGCCAUCAUGGCUCAUAUUCUGCACAACUACGAUAUUCGAUUUCCCGCGGGUCAGAGCCGGCCAGAGAGCCUGAGGGCCGAAACGCAAUAUCUGCCACACCCGGGGGCGACGGUUGAAUUCAAACGACGAACUUAA